AUGCCGAGCUCCCACUGCGUUUUCAACCCGGCGACGGCGCUGCGUCGCGUCUUCAUGCCGUCCAACUACGGAAGUUCACACUCCCUACACCUCACAAGGAUAUUCGUCCCGGCGCUCCUCGCCCUGCCGCCACAAACUCGCGCGUACUGGGCAGGCCGAGACAAUGGCUCAAGCAAGGCACCACCAAGGCCCAGCUCCGCUAUUUUCGACCGCGACAGCUAUGCGAGACCACCGAGGCCCGCGGCCCCCAGCAGCUUCAACGCCCGCCGCGCAGCGCGCCCUCAGCAGAAGAAACCGAUAGACCCAGACACGCCAGGCCCGCGAGUGGGGGUCAAGCUCGGCCGCAUGCCGCGCGACAACGAGAUAGACUGGCCCUACGUGUACGUCAAGACGCCCGGGGUGGACGGCUCGGAGGCCCUCGGCAGCCCCCGGCCCAUCAAGGAGGUCCUGGCGGAGCUGGACACCAAGACGACCUACCUGGAGGCGGUUGUCGUGCCCAAGGCGGACGACAGGGGCUCGCCGCGGUGGCCUAUCUGCAAGAUUGUCAACAAGAAGGAGGAGCUGGCCAAGCUGAAGGACCUGAAGGAGCGCAAGAAGAAGGGGGCCAUCAAGGAGAAGGAGCUGGAGCUGAACUGGACGCUGGCGCCACACGACCUGGACCACAAGCUGAAGACGUUGCAGAAGUUUUUGAGCAAAGGGUACAAGGUGCAGGUUCUCCUGCAGAAAAAGGCCCGCGCCAAGGUGACAGCAACUGAAGAGGACGCCAAAGCGCUUAUUGAGAAAGUCAUGAAUGCCAUCGGAGAGGUGAAGGGCGCGAAGGAGUGGAAGGGAAGAGAAGGCCAGGUGCUAGGAAGAUACAUGAUCUUCUUGAAAGGCAAGGUUCAGGACGAAGCCGCACCCGCAUCCGCUACUGUGGCAAAGGAGACUUCAACUGCAGGCGGUGAUGGAGUAGAGUUCAACAUGUCAGAAACAGCACCUCCAGCUGUUCCGGCGGCGGCGGCAGCUCCAGCCCCGUCCGCUGCUGCAGCCCCGGCCUCCGAGGCUGCACCUGCUGCACCGAAACUGUCGGGCGCCCAGUUGAAAGCGCAGAAGAAGGCCGAGAAGGCUGCACGCAGAGAACAGUCCAAGGCUGCAGAACCAAGUCCUGCCGCCCCAGUGACAAACGAGAAGCAGAGCGGCGCAAAGCAAAAUAAGUCGAAGCAAGAUGCGCCGGCGACAUCACUUGCGAGCCGGCCUAAGAAGCCAGCCGCAACUCCUGCGCCAGCACCCAAGCAGCCUACUGGGCCAGUCGUGCCCGAGUGCUUCAGCCACCUACCUAUGGCGAAGAAGCUCACGCUGUCAAAGACCGACAAAGAUGUCCACCCGGCCGUCCUGGCUCUCGGCCAGCAGAUGGCAACCUUCACAUUGAAAGACAAUGUCACCAGACUCGAGGCCACCCUCGUAGCAUUCAAAAAGGUCAUCGAGGAGUACGAGAGUCCACCAGGGCAUGUCUUUUCUCGUCACUUCCUCCCACACGUUCUCAACCCGCAGAUUGACUACCUUGCCGAGUGUCGGCCCAUGUGCUUUGCCAUGGGCAACGCCAUUCGCAUGCUGAAGUCCAAGAUUGCGAAGCUUGAGCUCGAUCAGUCCGACGAGGCCUCCAAGGAGCAGCUCUGUGAUGCUAUAGAUUUAUUCAUCCAGGAGAGAAUACUCUACGCAGAGGACUCCAUCGUCUCUAAGGCUGCAUCGAUGAUCGCCGAUGGCGAGACCAUUUUCACCUACGGCCACCACAAACUCGUUCGGAAAGCUCUCAAGGCAGCACGCGCUCAGGGACGGACUUUCGAGGUCGCCGUCCUCGACGACCCAUUUGAGCGAUCCGGCCAGGAUUUAGCCAAGAUUCUCAGGAACGAUGGAAUACGGGUCUACUACUAUCCUAGCCUCGCCGGGCUGAGCAUCAAUCUCAGGCGCGCGUCGAAGGUUCUGCUAGGGGCCGAGGCCAUGUUUGCCAAUGGGUCACUCUACGGCCAGGCUGGUACUUGCGACAUUGCGAUCUCGGCCAACGACGCUGAUGUCGCCGUCAUCGCCCUGCUCGAGACGGUCAAUUUUGACAGGGAUCGUGUUUCGGCAGAUUCCCUGACCUACAACGAGAUCGACCCCGAGCGAUACAGUGCUGAAUCUUUGCGGCUUCUGUUCGACGCAACAAAAGACAAGUACAUCACAGCAGUGGUGACCGAGAGCGAGGAAGGAAACGCGACUGCCUCUACAUCCGCGAUGCUACCGGUGUUGAGGAGAAUGGAUGAGCGCACGUUAUGA